UGGCAAACAAGCCAUUACUAUCAAAGAGGGUGACAUCCGAAGAGUGGAGAAUAACAAGUUCUUAAAUGAUACGGUUAUAGACGCUUACCCAAAGAUGUUACAAGCUCAACACCAAAGAGAUAGUAUCCAUGUGUUUAGCUCGUUCUUUUUCACAAGAUUGACACAGUCAGAUGAAAGCAGUCCUCGCAGACAAACAACGGCUAUAAUAUACGAAAAAGUAAAACGAUGGACCGACAAAGUCAAUCUCUUCUAGAAAAAGCACAUUGUCAUCCCCAUUGAUCAAGCCCAUCAUUGGUUCACAGCCAUCAUUACCAACCCUGCUCACUGCGUCGGCCGUGCUCGCGAUGAUGAAAAAUGCUACGUUACUAUUCUUGACUCUCUUGGUGGCGACCGCAAGGUCGUAUACGAGCAGGUGUGCAAAUACCUGAAGGCUGAGGCCACCACCCGUCUUGCUAUAGACCGUAAAGAUUUUAAAGAACCCAAAUAUGUUAAAGCCUGUGUCCCCCAACAGCCAAACCUGAUCGACUGUGGCGUUUACUACUUGUAUUACUUGAAGCGCUUAUUCGAAGACCCCAAAAAGGUCAAACAGGCUCUCAUCAGCUCGAAUCCAAAGUAUGAGGAUGCAUGGAUACCUGGUCAGGUCCAGUUCUUCAGAAGAAGACUGGUCAAUAUAUUUAAA